AUGGGACACGCAGAGGAGAAGAUUGGCGCAUACAGCCUGGACUCGGAGGCUGGUCGCAAUGACUCUCCAGAGCCACUGGUGAAACCCAUCAAGACGUGGAAGGGCUACGUCUGGGACACAUGGGAGCUUCCCCAGGACCAGCGCUGGCUGUUGUUCAAGCUGGAUGCCUUCGUGCUAACCUUCGCCUCGAUCGGCUACUUCCUCAAGAACCUCGAUUUGACCAACGUCAACAAUGCCUACCUCAGUGGCAUGGAGGAAGACCUGCAGAUGUAUGGUAACCAGCUCGUGACCAGCACCUCCAUCUAUACCGUCGGCUAUGUCAUUGGGCAGGUUCCUUCGAAUCUGCUACUGACUCGUGUAUCGCCGCGAUGGGUCAUACCUGCGCUUGAGGUCGGCUGGGGCAUCGCCACCAUCUGUACUUCGACCGUGAAGUCGUACAAGUCUCUCUACGCCCUACGGUUUCUCGUAGGCCUCUUCGAAUCUGGCUUCUACCCCGGCAUUCAUUACCUGCUCGGGUCGUGGUAUACCCCUCGGGAGAUUGGCAAGCGAGCCAUGGUAUUUUGGCUAGCUGGCUCGAUUGGGCAGCUGUUCAGCGGUUUCCUGCAGGCGGCCGCCUACACGAACCUGAGUGGCGUGGGUGGCUAUGCAGGUUGGAGAUGGCUGUUCAUCAUAGACGGCAUUAUCACGCUACCGCUCGCCUUGCUCGGCUUCUUGUUCUUUCCCAAUCUACCGCAAGGUGGGAAAAAGACAUGGUGGACGUCCGAAGAGGAACACGUUCUCUCGGUUAGGCGGAUGGAGGCUAUUGGACGCGCGGGAAAGGAGCCAUGGACACAGUCAAAGGUGAAGAGGAUAUUGUUGAGCUGGCAUACUUACCUCCUUCCCUUGCUGUACAUCGUGUGGAACAACGGUGGGCCGCAAGCAGCCAUGGGCUACUGGCUGAAGAGCUUCAACGAAACACCUGCUCCCGUCCCCGGCGUUACUUUCACCGUUUCGCAGAUAAACACUCUGCCUCUCACCACGACCGGUCUCUUCAUCUGUGUGGCUUUCGUGUGGGGUUGGCUCUCCGACGCAUGCCGCGGGUCGCGCUGGCCCUUCAUCUACGCCGGUGCCGUCUUAACCCUUAUCUUCAGCAUUCUCAUGCGCCAGAUGCCGCUGUACGAGAACAUUUACGGCCGAAAGGUUGUAUAUUGGCUCAGUCAACUUGGGUUCGGCGCCGGCCCACUCAUCUUGAGCUGGAUCAACGAGAUUUGCUCGGAUGACACGGAGAAGAGAGCGUUAGUUGUUGGACUGGCUAACGACCUCGCGUAUGUCGUGCAGGCGGUCGCACCCAACUUCGUAUGGAAGACCACGGACUUCCCAGCCGCCAAGAAGGGAUACCUCUGGUCUAUCAUCCUUCAAGUCCUACUGAUUCUCGUGACGGCUGCCAUUCAGAUCCUUCUUUGGCGGGAUAGAAGAACGGCGUCGAGAGCGGAGCCUGAGGACUCGUUACCUGCGUCGUCUCAGGUCAGCGAUAUCCCGCACUUGGAGGCAAGCGAUGUUAAGGGGGAGAAGACCGAUCGUGUUGACGAGGCUAAGCUGGAGACCCUGGGCUAG